AUGGGUGACACGUGGUAUAGUAAAACCAAUGAAACGAUUAUUCCCGGUAAUCCGGAUCGUAUCAAAGCUCGUUGGGACCCAUUACAAUACCUAAAUCUAGCGAAAUAUCUCAAAGUAUUUAACGAAUAUCCACGAGAUUUUAAUCCACGUGUACAUGGACCAUAUUGUCCAUGGCGUUAUUAUGGAAAACGCGAUCUUCAUUUCAGUGAUGUCAAAUUAGCGGACAUCUCAACAUGGGUUGCACGACGUGAUAAAACCCCAAUGGGUAUUUAUCAAGGUGGCAUUCGAACUUUCUGGAAAUUUUAUCGUGCCUAUUUGGAUAACAAAAAACCAAAUCUUAUUUGGUAUACACAAAUUUUUGUUGUCGCUUCACUUAUUAACUUCAUCGUCUUCGCAAUGCCUGAUCGAAAACAGUACAAAUGGGCCAAAUAUCAUUAG